AGGGAGGGUGGGGGGGGGGUACCCACAUAUAAUAAACCGUAACGUAAUAGACGCUUAAUUGCGAUUUAUUAUGGAGGAGAAGAAGGAGAAGGAGGGCGAAGCGGAGAUCCAGGAGCACGGUCCCGAACAUUGGUUCUCCAAAUGGGAGCGGCAGUGUUUGGCCGAAGCGGAGCGACAGGAGCCGAGCGACGACGAGUCGGAGCAAAGUCAGCAGAAACUAUGGCAUCUUUUCCAAAAUUCAGCCACUGCGGUCGCACAACUAUACAAAGACAGAGUUUGUCAACAGCAGGGUCUGUCUCUCUGGGUUCCCUUCCAGAACGCAGCUACUGCCGUCACCAACCUAUACAAAGAGUCACUAGAGUCCCACCAGCGGAGCUAUGAGUUGGGGGUCCAGCGCGCGUACCAGCGUCGUAACAAAGACAUGCUGGCCUGGGUGAAGAAGAGGAGGAGAAACAUCAGGAGGGAGGACCUCAUCAGCUUUUUGUGUGGCAAGGCCCCGCCCCCACGCAACCCCCGUCGCGACGCACAGACACCUAAACACGGCCACGCCCUCUCUGUGAUGUCACCCGGCAGGCCGCCGUCCACGGAGAGCGGGUCGUCUGUCGAGGCUGACCUGCAGCCCUUCAGAGAGGCCAUCGCACUGCACGGCCUGAGUGGGGCGAUGGCCAGUAUAUCCGUUCGUUCCGGUGCCCCUGGCUCUCCGACGCACCUAACACGCGACAGCCCCGUCACUCCGCAGCCGGGUCGUAACCGUAGGAACGGUCUCCACGACGUCGACCUGAACACCUUCAUCGCCGAGGAGAUGGCGCUCCAUUUGGAGAACGCCGCGGCAACCGCUGCAGCCAAUAGGAAGAGGGCGUCUGCCCAGUGCAGUGACGUCAUCACAGACUCGCCCACCCAUAAACGCAACCGGAUGCUCUGAGUGUCCCCGGAUAUCACACACGCACAUCGACGACACACGCUCACACACACACACAUACACACGCUCAAGGCACGUUUCACACACACACACAAAUUACACACGCCAUGCACACUAGAUAUUUCUACUUUGCUAUCGCGGCCCGAGCUGAUUGGAUGAUGACUCGUCCACCAGGCCGGCCAAUCAAACCCUCCCAACCUGGCACCUCCCCCUCUGUUGUUUAAAAAAAAAAAGAGAGAUAAAUGUAAAUGAUUAAAAAGCCACUUAUCCCCUCCCUCCCUCUCCGUCAUCCCUCCUUCCUGUGUUCUCUCCUUUCCUCGUGGUUGGCAUGACAACGACUUGGAAUGAUGGCACAAACAGACUGGUAGCUCACCAGCAGCCUGUCUAGACCACUGGGAUGAAACAGUGUUGGCCAUGUGUUCUGAGUGGUGGGCUAGGUGGGGAAAUGGGACAGACCUGCCCCCCCCCCUGUUACUAGAGGUGUGUUGGGGUCCUGAGGCCUAGAAGCCUUCCUGUAUAGUAGCCCCUCCCCCCUCCUGUUACUAGAGGUGUGUUGGGGUCCUGAGGCCUAGAAGCCUUCCUGUAUAGUGGCCCCUCCCCCCUCCUGUUACUAGAGGUGUGUUGGGGUCCUGAGGCCUAGAAGCCUUCCUGUAUAGUGGCCCCUCCCCCCUCCUGUUACUAGAGGUGUGUUGGGGUCCUGAGGCCUAGAAGCCUUCCUGUAUAGUGGCCCCUCCCCCCUCCUGUUACUAGAGGUGUGUUGGGGUCCUGAGGCCUAGAAGCCUUCCUGUAUAGUAGCCCCUCCCCCCUCCUGUUACUAGAGGUGUGUUGGGGUCCUGAGGCCUAGAAGCCUUCCUGUAUAGUAGCCCCUCCCCCCUCCUGUUACUGGAGGUGUGUUGGGGUCCUGAGGCCUAGAAGCCUUCCUGUAUAGUAGCCCCUCCCCCCUCCUGUUACUAGAGGUGUGUUGGGGUCCUGAGGCCUAGAAGCCUUCCUGUAUAGUAGCCCCUCCCCCCUCCUGGUUACUAGAGGUGUGUUGGGUUCCUGAGGCCUAGAAGCCUUCCUGUAUAGUAGCCCCUCCCCCCUCCUGUUACUAGAGGUGUGUUGGGGUCCUGAGGCCUAGAAGCCUUCCUGUAUAGUAGCCCCUCACCUCUCAAGCGACUGUGGCUCUUGUCUCCCUCCUCUCGAUGUGUGUGUGUUGGACAGAACUGCCACUAAGUGUGUGUGUGACUUGUCUUUGCCUUUUGAGGAAGCUGCUAUCUCUGGCACAGCGGGAAGUUCUGGGGUGUGUGUCUGCCAGCACGUGUGUGUGGCUGUGUGUGUGGCUGUGUGUGUGGCUGCGUGUGUGGCUGCGUGUGUGUGUGUGUGUUCGUUGAGCACAAUCCUGACUGGAUUCAUGUGUAUUUGUGUUUUGUUUUAUAAAGCCUCCACCCCAAUAGCUCUUCCUGUCUCCUCUCUCUAACCUUUAACCCCAAGUCCUCUUAUCUACAGUGUAUAUACAUUAUGACAACUAGGUUCUGCUGUUGUAUGAUGCAGACAUACAUGUGGUACAUAUUGUAAAAAAAAAAAAAAAAAAUUGUAAAAAAAAAAAGAAGUGCAAAACCAUUUUGAAUUGUUUAAAAUGUAAAAUAAUGAUUCUGGCAUUAAACAAACCAAGCUUUUAACUA